GUCUACACCAAGGAAACAGACUCUUUGAAAAGGCAACUGGACGUCUUGGAGAAGAAGCAGAAACGGGUCCUUAACCAACUGGAACAAGCAGAGAGCCAGCUCAGAGAAGCUGAGAGCGGCCUGCAAGCUAAGCUGGAGGUGCUCACAAAGGAGAAGGAGGACCUGCUGAACCUGGCCAUGGAGAGAGGCAAGGUACUUCAGGAAAAGCAACGGGAGAUCCUUCAGCUAGAGAAGAAGGCGGAGGAUAUGGAGAAGGCCAAGCAGGCAGCCGAACUACAGUUUGAGACAGAAGCUGCAAUGGUGGACAGUAACCUACGAGUUAGAGAUCUAAAGCGCCGUCUUGAGGGGGCAGAACAAGCCUACUCGGAGCUCCGGAUGCACUUUGAAGCUUACAGGAAGCACAGCACAGAAUUGCUGAACAAAGAGAAAGAGUUAAAUACCAAACUGCGUCACUUUAUGGCUUAAUGAGCAUAGUUAAGGUUUCCUGUCCAUCUUGAAACCUUCUUUUAAGGAAAGACUCACCUUUUAAGAGAUCGGGUGUUUUUUCCUAACGUAGUUGCUAAAUAUAACACCUUUUAUUCAGAGUUAGAUAGAAUGAUCACUCGUGGGUUGUUGCCAUCGCUAUGUUGACCACUCAGCCCAGAGAGAUGUUGAAUACAUAGAAUAUCUUAACAAUAAAUGUGUCAGGAUAAUAACGCU